AUGAAGAACCUGGACAAGAACUGCAGGAUUUGCGUGGAGUGGCAAGAGCAUUACUACUGGAACCACAUGGCCGACGACAAGAAGCAUUUCUUCAAGCCUAUGGUCGGGGACUUCACUGAAACCAUGAGCAUACCUGCAAGAUUUGCAAAUAACUUCAACGGCCACAUCUCUGAGGUCAUCAGUCUGAAGUCCCCAAGUGGCAAGACAUGGAACAUCGGAGUAGGCAGUGACACCGAUGGAGUAGUCCUCCAGUCUGGCUGGAAGGAGUUCGUCAGCGCUCACAGCAUCGACGAAGGAGACUGCAUGCUCUUCAAGUACACCGGAGUGUCCUCCUUCGAUGUCCUCGUGUUCGAUUCGAGCGGCUGCGAGAAAACAUGGCCCCAUUUUACCCACAACGGCAGCCAUAGCUACGAGAGAAUCGAGAGCUCUGCAGGGCUUGAAGGACCGCGGCUUGGCUGCCGUAGAUUCAAGGGAGGCCAAGACUGCACCUGCACACCGCAGUCGCUGCCAAGCGAUGCCGAUGACGGUGACGGUGAGGAUGAGGAUACUCAUCUGGAGCUGGCGCUUCACAAGAGUACCAGCAGGAGCAUCCCCAAACGCUGCAAACGCAAGCUUUACCGUGAUAUUGAGCAAGUUCAUGGUGAAGUAAAAGAUGAUGCUGAGCUCCACCAUGACGGUGGUGAAAGUGAAAGGACUGCCAAGACCGGGUACUACUUCUGCAAGAACGGGCCGGUCAGCAAAUACCAUCUGACGGAGCAGGAGAGGGAGGAGAUCUCAAGCAUCCGUUUGCCUGUGGAGCCGAGGAACCCGGUGUUCGUGCAGGUGAUGCACCCGACCCAUCUCCGCAGCAUCAAGGCCGGUGUGGUAGGCAUUUCUUCAGAAUUCGCGGACAAGUACCUGGGAACAACCUCAAGGGAUGUCAUCCUUGAGAGAGCCGGCAGCAAGGGGAAGUGGCACGUCCGAUUCAACCGUAACAGGUUCAGCCGUGGCCUCACCGGCCGCGGAUGGAGCGAGUUCGUCGCCUACAAUGGCCUCCUCUGCCACGACGUCUGCCUCUUCGAGCUCAUGAUGAAUGGCAAGCGGCCGCCGACGGUGACCGUGCACGUCCUGCGCAAGUUUGGUUACUGUGUUGGGCUGCUCCUAUCUUCUUCUGCUCCUUUGACUUUAACUUCUGGUGGAGUGUUUGAUCUAGAUAGAAAUCUAUCGCAUUCUGCACAACUGGUUUCAUGA